UCAGCUGCUUGUUCCUCCAGCCGUGAAGGCAACUCCCAAAAAUAGCGCUGCGUGCUGGGAAGCUCCAGGAAACAUGGCUGAAGUCGUUUCACCAAUUACCCAACAAGUUCGCAGGGAGCGCUGGGGAAAAGAAACCAGAAGAGUCGAUCUUAAUCUCAAAGAAGUAGAAGAUUGUUUAAUUCACGACCGACACGGAAACUCUUUCCCUUUCAAAGGUUUAUAUCAGGACAGGAAAUCGGUCAUCGUUUUCGUGCGGAACUUCUUGUGUUACAGCUGCAAAGAGUAUGUUGAUGAUUUGAGCAAAGUACCAAGAGAAGCUCUGGAGGUUGCAGGAAUCAGACUGGUUGUGAUUGGUCAGUCUUCUUAUCAUCAUAUAGAGCCAUUCUGCAUGCUGACGGGGUAUCCCUAUGAAAUCUAUGUGGACCCACAGAGAUGUCUUUACCAAAAGCUUGGGAUGAGGAGGGAGGAGACCUUCACAGAUUCUGCACGCCCCAGCCCCCAUGUGAAGUCUGGUUUGUUUAUGGGUCAAAUGAAGAGCAUAUGGAGAGCCAUGACUAGUCCCGCGUUUGACUUUCAGGGCGACUUGCAUCAGCAAGGUGGAGCCAUCAUUGCAGGACCUGACUCUCAAGUUCACUUUGUGCAUUUUGAUCUGAACCGCCUGGAUCACAUGCCCAUUUCCUGGCUCCUUCAGCUCGCUGGAGUUCGACAGACCCUGGACUUCAGCGAUGAACCAAAGAUCAUCCAUGUGUAGCUUCCUGCGUGCCACAAAGACCGCUUCAAAAGGCUCCAGUUAUGUCAUGCAGUACCUGGGCAUGCAGCAUGCUCUCAAGUUGGUAGACUUUAUAAGUUAGAGUGACCUCUGAUAUCACAGAAGGCGGUGACAAGGACCCUCGGAGGCAUUUGUGAGGGAUGUUUGUUUUUCUCAUUCCUUAAAUACCUCUAAAUUAUUCUCCAAGGUAAAUGUGGAGCGUGUGUGUGGUUGGGUAAGCUUUAAUCCACAUCAGUAGAGGAGACGGAGUACUAAACACUACCAAAACUCACCAUUUUAUUUCUGGAUUUGAUAGAACAAUACAUCUGUCGUAACUGACAAAAGUCGCCAUUUUGUACCGACAAGUGUUUCUUUUUGUUUAAUUUUUACUGUAUUUAGUGUCAGGAUGCCUCCUGAACGCCUCCCUGGUGAGGUUUUCUGGGCAUGUCCAACCGGGAGAUGCCCUAAAGGAAGACCCAGGACACGCUAGAGGGACUAUGUCUCACGGCUGGUCAGGGAACACUUGAGGAUACCCCGGAAGAGCUGGCUCAAGUGGCUAGGGAGAGGGAAGUCUGGGCCUCCCUGCGACCCGACCCUGGAUAAGCAAAUGAAAAUGGAUGGGUGGAUAGAAGUAUUUAGUGUUUUAAAGAUGCUUUUCAUCUUUUGGGACCAUUGCUGAAAAUCUUGCUCCACAGGAUGACUUAAGUUGUUUAUUUGAUGUCUCGUCUUUAAACCAGCGAGACUGUUGCGUAGUUGUACUGGAUUUUACGUGUGUAUACUUCCAACGUUGUCAUUUACGAGCAAAUAGACAUUUGACCAAAUGAGAUAGAAAUGACCCAUACAAAAUACACGCUGUCCAGGCACAUUUAUAAAUACACAUUUGAAUACAUUUCUAAAUAAAUUUAAAGUUGCUGUGUUUAAAAAAAAGGAACAAUGUGAAUAAAAUCUUGUAUCAUCCCAUAA